AUGUUAUACUCUUUUGAUACUGUGACACAGAUUGUGAACAGAAUCCUGUCGUUCCCUGUAACAUCACCUGUCGUCAGGUUCCUUACAGGUCUAGAACUUCUGCUGGAGAAAACUCAGGAAUGGGAAAGCAAUGCAGCUAAGCAUGUUUCUGUGGCAACACAAUUAGCAGAAGUAUCAUCUCAGAUUUUGGCCUGGAGAAAACUAGAGCUCAGUUGUUGGAAGCAGUGCCUGGACCAUGCAUUUGUGAAGCAGUCCAAGAAAGCCAGCAAAUGGUGGUUUCAUAUUUAUCAGCUAAUACAGGCAACUUGUCUACAGGAGGAGGGUGUAGAAAAUUUAGAAACAGAAGAGAGAGACAUGUCAGAGGUUAUGCGGACCUUGAAAGAGUUCAUGGAGAGGUCCAACCUAGGGGAAUUUGAGGCCCGACUAGGGAUGCUGAGAUCUUUUCACUGUCAAACCAUGUAUCUCUGUACUGAGGCCACAGAAGGGAGAACUCAGUCACAGGAUGACAUGAUGAGCUUACUUUGGAACCUCCAUCAGUUUUACAGCCAGUUCUUACCAUUGGUCAAAGAAAAAAUACAACAACUGAGACAACCAAUAGAAAAAGAGCUCAAGGGGUUUGUAAAAAUUGCCGGCUGGACAGACAUGAACUUCUGGGCCCUAAAACAGACAACAGAGAAAACACAUCGAACAUUGCACAAACAGAUGAAGGCUUUCCAGGUUGUUUUAGAACAACCAGUACAGAGCAUAUUGGCAGACCCAGACAGCAGUAUAGAUUCUACUGGUCAAAGGGAGAGAACUCUAACAUGGAGAGAAACAUACAUCUCAGCUAUGCAGUGUCUGAUAUCACACAAAGUCAGUGAACAGCCACCACUUUCAGAGUUACCUGCUCUUGGUCGUGGAGGUCUACACAGCCGGCUUGGUCAGUUAUCGGUCAGAAUGUUCCGUUUACUUUUAGGAGAAAUCAUUGAAUCCAUCCAUGAACUUCAACAACUAGAGGUGUCACAGACAGCUGACAAAGAAAAACAGAAGUCUGAAGCUAAACACAUUGGACAGAAGAAAAGGAAGGCUCUGAGUGAUCUGUUUAAAGAAAUAGCACAGCUAGGGCAUUCAUACAGGAGGGGACUUCUCUGUGAUGCUGAGAGUAAUCUCCCUUUACCUGUCCCACCACUAGAUGUCUCUGUCUGCUCAGAUAAAUUCACCACAAGUAAGAACAGUGCUACAGAAAUAGGUCAGAGUUGCCAUGACUACUACUAUAAAUGUGUUGCCAGAAGAGCCACAGCUCUACAAACUCCCUCCAAGGAACUAGGUGUUGGGAAUAUAGAAAGGUGUAAAGGAUUCACUGAACACUUAAUGAAGGUAGUGGUGGAUCAGUAUUCUGGGGUGGUGGAGAUGCACAAGGCUUUUUUAUCUUUAAGCUCCUUGUCUGAAGUGUUAAAGGAUCUGUGUUCAAUUAAUGGAACACCCCCUCCACAGAAGGCAACAAGGGAGUAUGUGGAAUCCCUUAUAUCUUUCUUAGUCAGCAUGAAGGAGGGUCUUAUUCAGGUCAAGGUCAUACUUCAGUGUUGUCCACGACAACAAGAGGAGAUAACUCACUAUCUGUCUCCAUUUCCCAGAAAUCAAUUGUCACAGUCAGCCCUGAUGAAGCAUGGUGACGAACAGUGGAAACGCUGCUUUGAUUAUAUUCAGACUUUACAACAGAAGGCCAACACAUUGUUUGACUGUACAAUACCUCUGACAAAGAAACAACUCAUCACAUGGAGUGACCUUGAGAAAGUGAGAUCUGUGUACAGAGAUUUAACUAACUGUGUACCUAGACUGACAGAGAUAGAGAAACACUUCUGUGACCCUGAAGACAAAACUCUGCCCUCAUUUAUGGAGACAGUCAGGUACCUCAGACAGGAAAUACAGACCAGGUCUGAAAAAUUCACACACUGGGUCAACAUGGAGUCAAAAACACAGAUCAACACAUGGUCAGAUAAGGAUCAGGUAAAGAGAUUAGGGCUAGAACCAUCAAGGUCUGAUGUAGGACAUAUCAGAAGUGAUGACAGUAGAGAGGGGAUGGAGGUGGAGACAUUUAGUGGAAAGGUGGAGAAUCUGAUUGCUGGUCUGUUACUGAGUGUACAGGAACUUACACAGAAUCACAAACAGAGUGCUGAAAUGGAGAAAGAAGAGGAUACUGGGACAUUUUUAGAGGGACAUCUAGUCGUCCAUCUUGAUGAAAGAUUAAAGGGAGAUAAACAAUGCCUUCAACUGAAAAAGAUAAUUCAGUCUCUCCAGAGUUUAGUGAAGGAUGUCCUUGACCUUACAGACACAAGGUCAGAUGUCCUGACCUUUGUCCAGAUUCUAGGACAGUGUCAACCAUUAGUACAGCAGUACCGAGACAUGGUGGAGUACUACUUACUUCAUAGUUUGGCUGAGAACAGGGUGACAGGGAAACUCCUGUCUGUUCUGUUGGCCGUCUUCACUGAACUGGCCUCUAAAGGGUUCUGUGUUCCCGGUGAGUUUGAGGAUGAGGUGGCAGGGGAGGGAGCUACAGAGUUUGAGGACAUUGAGGGAGGGGGGUUAGGUCAAGGUGAAGGGGUCAAGGACGUCAGUGAUCAGAUUGAGAAUGAAGACCAGCUUGAUGAAGCCAGGAAAGCAGGAGAGGACAGAAAAGAGGAAGAUUCCUCCCAGCAGCCGGACAUCAGGUCCGAGGAGAAUGCCAUAGAGAUGUCUGAUGACUUUGAGGGCAAAGUUCACGACCUCGAGGCAGCAGAUCAAGAGGAAAGGUCAGAUGAAGAGGAUGAUGGGAAGGAAGAGGAGCUGGAUAGACAGAUGGGAGAAGUGGAUGGGAAUGACACAGAGAAGUUAGAUGACCAGAUGUGGGGAAGUGAUGAAGAGGAGGGGGAGGAUCAGGGGGAGAAAGAAGAAUUUGGCCCAGGAUCCCAGCAGGAGCAGAAGAGUGAACUGGUUGCUAAGGAUGACAACCAAGACAAGACAGAAGCAGACGACAAAUCAGAAAAGCAGACGACAGAUGAAAACAAGGCUGAGGAGAAUGAUGAGAACCAGACAACACAGGAACUGGAGCAGAUAGAUGAGUCAGAAUAUGAUGAUGACAGAAUUGACCCUAACCAUGGUAACCAGGAACCUCAGCAGGCCCCUGACAACAUGGAUCUCCCUGACGACCUGAAACUGGAUGAAGAAGAGGCUGGGGUCACGGAGGAAGAACAAGGUCAAGAAGAGCCUCCAUCAGAGCCCCCUGGUGGUGACACAGAGAUGACAGAAACAGAAGACAAGGGAGAUAAUAAAGACAUGGAAGAAACAAGGGAGGACACUCUUCCGGAAGUGGAGCCAGAAAUGUCAGAGGACCAGGACAACCAGACUGGAGAGGAACCAGACAAAGAACUGGGAACCAGGCAAGAGGAGGAAGAAGAGAGGGAUCAAGGAUUUUCUGCUCAGAAUGAACCAAGAGAUGUCAGUGCAGAGGAUGAAGAAGACAGCUCUAAGAAUAAGGAUGACAAACCCCAAGCAGCAGAGACUUAUGGGAAGACUUCCCAUGAUUCCCAGAAUGUAGAGCAGUCAGAAUCAGCCCAGGAUCAGGGAGGGGAACCAGACAAUGACCAGAAAGAGAGUGAAGGAACAGGCACUUCAAAUUUAGAAGCCGAAGAGGGUCAUGAAGGUCAAGGUUCAAAGGUUGCUCCAUCCUCCACUAAUCAGUCUCAGAAGUCUGUGAAACGAAAAGCUGGUCAGUCAAAUGAAGACAGGAGUUUGGGAUCCAAUGAGAACCAGUUUAAGAAACUGAAGACCAUAGAAGAAUCUUCUGCCACAGAGGAGAGCGAGGAAAAUCAAGAUUCUACAGAAAAAGUGUCAGAGCUGUAUGAACAUAUCAAGGAUGCGAAAUCAUCACAUGAUGCCCAGACACUAGAUGUCGCCACUGAUAAACAACAGAUGGAGGAAGCUGUACCUAACAGAGAGGUGGAUCAAGAGAAUGGAGGGGUGGAGGAGGAGGAAGAGGUGGAGAUGGAAGAGGACGAUGAACAGGAAAUGGAUGAAACGGUUGAAAAGCUUUCAUCUCACAUAAACACAAAAGACAAACAUAACAAGAAAAGGGAAGGAAUGAAUGAAGAAGGGAUGAAUGAAGAUCAGGAGGAGAUAAUGAAGUAUGAAACAGAGGGUGUUGUCAAGGAAACACUGGGGGCCUCAAGGGGGCCAGAAUCUACAAUUCACACCACACUGGAGAAUCUCCACCUAGAAGCCAGGGGUUCUGACUUGGAUAUGGAGAAGCUCAGAUCAGAGUUAGAGGAACAGUUAUCUACUUUUACCAACACAGUAAAUCACACAGCAGAAGCACAUCAGAGGGCCUGGCAUCGAUAUGAGGCUCUGACAUCAACUCUGGGAGAUUACAGAACUGGUAAAAGGUUAAACAUGAGGAAAGUCAUUCCUUACAUCGCCAGUCAGUUCAGGAAAGACAAAAUCUGGCUCCAUCGUACCAAACCCAGCAAACGACAGUACCAGAUCAUGCUGGCCAUAGACGACUCCUCAAGUAUGGUAGACAAUCACUCCAAACAGUUGGCGUUUGAGUCCCUGGCUUUGAUUUCUAAUGCUCUCACCUUGUUAGAGGCAGGGGAUUUGAGUAUCUGCAGUUUUGGAGAGUCUGUACAAAUUCUUCACCCUUUCACUGAGCAGUUCACAAGUCACUCAGGAUCCAGAUUGUUACAGCAGUUUACUUUUGAACAGAAGAAAACUAAAGUGGCUCAGCUUUUGAAGAAAGCCACAUCAGUGAUGAUGGACGCUCACUCCAGACAGCGAGGAAUGCUGGGAAAUCCGGAGACGUCACAGUUGCUGCUAAUCGUGUCUGAUGGGCGGGGCUUAUUUAAUGAGGGAAUGGAGACAGUGAGAUCCGCUGUCAGACAGGCACGGGAGGCCAGUGUGUUCCUGGUGUUUGUUAUAAUUGAUAAUCCUCAGAACAAGGAUUCCAUAUUAGACAUUAAAGUCCCAGUUUUUAAGAGCAGGGACCAGCUUCCAGAAAUCAAGCCAUACAUGGAUUAUUUCCCCUUUCCUUUCUAUAUCAUAUUGUGAGAUAUAAAUUCCCUUCCCCAUGUGUUGUGUGAUGCCUUAAGACAAUGGUUUGAACUAGUGACAGCAGUGGAUGUUUGAUCAAUUCUUUGUAGAUGUUGUGUGACGCCUUAAGACAAUGG